CACAUAAAUCUCUUUUAGACUUUCAAAAACACUAUGGAUACGUCUCUCUUUUCUCUAUUUGUUCCCAUCCUCCUUAUCGUUCUUAUCGCUCUCUUUAAGAAAUCGAAGAAACCAAAACAUGUUAAAGCUCCUAAACCUAGCGGCGCAUGGCCUAUCAUCGGCCAUCUUCACCUUAUCAGUGGCAAAGAACAGCUUCUCUAUCGAACCUUAGGAAAAAUGGCUGACCAUUACGGCGCAGCCAUGUCGCUACAACUUGGGAGCAGCGAAGCAUUUGUUGUGAGCAGUUUUGAAGUGGCUAAAGAUUGUUUCACUGUGAACGACAAAGCCUUGGCUUCACGUCCUAUGACUGCAGCCGCAAAGCACAUGGGUUACAAUUUUGCUGUUUUCGGGUUUGCACCUUAUAGCGCUUUCUGGCGUGAGAUGCGUAAAAUCGCAACCAUCGAGCUACUUUCUAACCGGCGGCUUCAGAUGCUCAAGCACGUUCGUGUUUCUGAGAUCUCAAUGGGUGUAAACUAUUUGUAUUCCUUGUGGGUCAAAAAAGGUGGUUCAGAACCAGUAAUGGUUGAUCUAAAGAGCUGGUUAGACGACAUGACACUAAACAUGGUCGUGAGAAUGGUUGCCGGAAAACGAUACUUUGGAGGCGCCGGCUCAGAAUCCUCGAAGGACACUGAAGAGGCAAGGCAAUGCAAAAAGGCCAUCGCAAAGUUCUUUCACCUCAUUGGUAUAUUCACUGUGUCCGAUGCUUUUCCGACGCUAGGGUGGUUUGAUUUGCAAGGACAUGAGAAGGAGAUGAAGCAAACGGGAAUCGAAUUAGAUGUGAUCCUUGAAAGAUGGGUUGAAAACCAUCGACAACAAAGAAAAGUUUCAGGACCGAAAGAGAAUGAUUCAGACUUCAUCGACGUUAUGUUGUCACUUGCAGAACAAGGCAAACUCUCGCAUCUUCAAUAUGAUGCUAAUAUUAGCAUCAAAUCUACUUGCCUGGCACUGAUUCUAGGAGGAAGUGAGACUACAUCAUCUACACUUACAUGGGCCAUUGCUCUUCUUCUUAACAACAAAGAAAUGUUAAAGAAAGCACAAGAUGAGAUAGACCUCCACGUUGGCACAGAAAGGAACGUCGAGGAUUCAGACAUAGAAAAUCUGGUGUAUGUUCAAGCAAUUAUCAAAGAAACAUUGAGGUUGUAUCCAGCUGGUCCACUCUUAGGCCCUCGAGAGGCGAUGGAAGACUGCACCGUCGCCGGUCACAACGUUUCUCGCGGCACAAGACUGAUAGUGAAUGUAUGGAAAAUCCAAAGGGAUCCGAGAGUUUAUAUGGAACCAAACGAGUUCAGACCAGAGAGGUUUGUUACAGGAGAAGCAAAAAAGUUUGACGUCAGAGGACAAAACUUUGAGCUGAUGCCAUUUGGUUCGGGAAGAAGAUCAUGCCCAGGCUCUUCAUUGGCCAUGCAAGUGCUUCAUCUAGGUCUUGCUCGAAUCCUUCAAUCGUUUGAUGUGAAAACUGUCUCGGAUAUGGCUGUCGAUAUGAGUGAGAGCCCUGGCCUGACCAUUCCUAAAGCCACGCCACUUGAGGUUCUGAUUAGUCCACGUCUUAAGGAACAUCUUUUCGUGUAAUAUAUUGACUGUUUCAGAAACAUAUGACUCCAGUAUUGUUUACUUUUGAAGUUGCUGCUUUUUUGAUGUUUUUUCCGUUUGAAUAAAGGUCAUAUACGUUUGUUGUUUUUCCUCUUCAAAAUAAAUCAUCGUUUGAUUAGGCCAUCAAAGGAUUUUUUUCA